AUGAACAAAAUCCAAAGCAUUAACGAUAAAGAACUGCAAAGUGGGAUUCUUAGCCCGCAUCUUUCCUGGCAUAAUGAAUAUAAGGAUAAUGCCUAUAUAUACAUUGGAAAUUUAAACAAAGAAUUGACGGAAGGUGAUAUCUUAACGGUAUUUUCCGAAUAUGGAGUACCUGUCGAUAUAACACUCAGUAGAGAUGAGAAUACAGGAGAGUCACAAGGUUUUGCGUAUUUAAAAUAUGAAGAUCAACGAUCAACGAUUCUGGCAGUCGACAAUUUGAAUGGGGUUAAAAUUGGUGGUAGAGCCCUUAAGAUAGAUCAUACUUUCUAUAGGCCUAAAAGGAAUUUGCAAAAGUACCAUGAAGCCGUACGACAAGAACUGGAUCAAGAUAUAAUGCCCAAGGACAACAAUGAAAAAUCUGUUGCGCUGACAAAGAAAGACCGAUCAGGAUAA